UUAUCAACGGAGCACUAUUUUGAACACUAAAAUUUCAUCUAUUCUGUGAAAGGAGUUUGGUCUCCUUAUCUCUAAUCUUCAUGGUUGGCAUAUUAAUAAAUAUUUAAUUGAUGCGGCUGCCGGUUAGAUUCACUUUUUUCACUUACGUCUGCAAUGUAUAAUAUCUUUUAAAUUAACUUCGGCCUGCGAUUUUCGUAUUGAUUUGCAAAUUCUAUUGAUUUCACCAAAAAUGACUUUGUAUCAUUUUGGUAAUUGUGUCACUCUAUUGUACGUGCCACACUAUUUAACGUACAAAUACGCAAAUCUUUCUGAAUAUGGAGCAUUUUGGAAGUGCAUACAAGGUGGCAUUAUCUAUGCGUUUACCCAACUGUGCAAGAUGUUAAUAUUAGCAACGUUCUUUCCGGCCAACGAGGCGUCUAUAACGACAUUGAGUUUAUCGAAUUUUUUCAAAAGCUCCGUUGAUUUAGCAGAUAUUGCUGGAAUAUAUGUUAUAUUGCAAAGCAUACCUGGCAAAGGGCAUGCGAAGGUAAUGACGGCUGGCAUUGGCUGGGCCGGUGCUGAAAUAUUGUUGACACGAUUUCUACUCUUAUGGGUAGGUGCAAGAGGCACUGAAUUUGAUUGGAAGUAUACACAAAAAUGUUUAGAAUCAAAUAUAAAUUUGAUGCAUCAUAUAAUGACUGCUGCAUUAGUUUGGUUAUGGUCCAGGCAUGACUUAAAUAAACUACAAUCAAAAUUUUCGCCAUUUGCUGCUGUCAGCAUUCUUCUGUUACUGUCUGUUUACCGUUCAGUGGUUAUAGACUCUCUAGCUGCUUGGCUUUUAAUUGAUCCCUGGUCUAUAAUCGCUAUCAAAGGAGUUUACACAAUUGUUCUAGGUUUAAUUAUGUUAAAAUAUUACACUAGACUUUCAACAUUAAUUGGAAUGUAUUAAAGAGAAAUUAAAAAUAAUUAUACAAAUAUCUACAAACUUA